AUGCGUGCGCGCGCGGUUUCCUUCGCUCGGGCCGCCGCCAGACGCAGCCACGCGGCGACGUGGCGGCGCGUGGCGCAUCUGCACCCUUUGUGGCGCGCACCCGCCACAGCGCCCGCCGCGCCGCGCCGCCCCCGCGCCGGCGUCGCCAGCCGCGAAUAUAAGGCGCGCGCGCGCUCCCUUCUGCCAAGUCGGCCGUCCCUCGUCCGUCUCAGCAGCUCGGCAGUGCGGGUCACACUCGCAGGCACCCAGCAAGGACUCUCCUCCUCGACAUGCUCAGCGGCGCGCGCGGAGGACCUGCCGCGCGUGCAGUCGUGGCAGCGGUGCGCGUGCGCCGCGUCCGAGACGCCCAGCUUGGCCACCGUGGUGACGGCGGUGCCGGGCCAGGAGGACUUCGCGCCCUACAUGGACCGCGUGGAGGACGUGCUGGAGACGCAAUGCGACAUCGUCGACCCGCUGCGCUGCUUCGAGGGCGAGACGCUCGCCGAGGACGAGCUGGUGGACUUCGUGGUGGUGGGCGCGGGUUCGGCGGGCUCCGUGGUGGCCGGCCGCCUCUCCGAGCACCCCGAGUUCACCGUGGCGCUGCUGGAGGCCGGCGGCCCCGAGCCCACGGGCACGCAGAUCCCGGGCACCUACUUCAGCUACCUCAAGUCCGACAUCGACUGGAACUACCCGCUGGAGCCGCAGACCAACGCCUUCCUCGGCCAGCCCGGCGGCCUGGGAUACUGGCCCCGCGGUAAGGUCAUGGGCGGAACCGGUGUCCUCCAUGGAAUGAUGUACAUGCGCGGAAACAAGUGGGACUACGACAACUGGGCCGCUCUUGGCAACGAGGGAUGGAGCUACGACGAAGUGCUGCCCUACUUCAAGAAGUCCGAGGACAACAGACAAAUUGGCACCUACGCUGAGGCCGAGUACCACGGCACUGGCGGCCCUGUCACCAUCGAGCAAUUCCACGACUACCCUAUUCUGGCCGACUACAUCCUGGCCGGCGCCAAGGAGCUGGGCUACCGCGCGCUCGUCGACCUCGUGGGCCACAACCAGACCGGCUUCACCCUGGCGCAGUCCACCACCCGGGACGGCGCGCGCCUCUCGCUGUCCAAGGCCUUCCUGCACACCGCCGUCUACCGCUCCAACCUCAAGAUCAGCCAGCACUCACUGGCCACCAAGAUCCUGAUCGACGAGACGACGAAGCGCGCCAAGGGCGUGCAGUACGAGCGCGACGGCGUGCUCCACAACGUGUACGCGCGCAAGGAGGUGAUCGUGAGCGCGGGCGCCGUCGCCUCCCCGCAGCUGCUUCUGCUCUCCGGCAUCGGCCCCAAGGCCGACCUGGAAGCCCUCGGCAUCAAGGUCUUGGCUGACCUGCCCGUCGGCGAGAACCUGCUCAACCACGUCUCCUUCACCCUCAAGUUCCGCAUCCUCAGCGGCGAGGCCCACGAGCAGCUCAGCAACACCACCGUCUUCGAGUUCAUCUCCAACCGCACCGGGCCCCUCACCUCCACAGGCCUGUCCCAGCUGACGGGUUUCAUCCGCUCGUCCAUCCCGGGCGGCGACGCCCCCGCCGACGUGCCCGACACGCAGAUCUUCUUCGCGGGUUUCCUGGCCAACGCGUCGCGCACGGGCGCCGAUGACGAGCAGCCCAUCACGGGCCCCGUGCCCUACUUCGAGAUCACGCCCACGCUCCUGCGCCCGUCCAGCGCCGGCACGCUCAAGCUGCGCUCCACCGACCCCCACGACUUGCCGCUCAUCCACGCCAACUACUUCGAGGUCGUGCACGACACCACGCCCACCGCCGGCUGCGAGCACAUCGAGUACAACACCGACGCCUACUGGGCGUGCUCCGUCAAGUACCUCACCAACCCCGAGAACCACCAGGGCAUCAACGGCCUCCGCGUCAUGGACGCUUCCGUCAUGCCCCGCGUGCCCGGCGGCAACGUCAACGGCCCCAUCAUCAUGGUCGCGGAGAAGGGCGUCGACAUGGUCAUUCAGGACAACUCAGCGUCCACCUCCAGUUGA